AUGUGUGAUCACGAGGGCACUAGAUGUAAGGGCUGUCUUGAAGCCCGGUACUGCUCUCAAGAUUGCCAGAGGACCGACUGGCCCGUCCAUAAGCCCGUCUGCGAAGCUUACGCAGAGUUCUCUGAUGUUCGCCGUCUUAGUGAAUACCACAAGCGCGCGCUUUCUUUUGCGGAAGUUGACAACCUGCCCCGUUUCGUAUGGCUUGAAGUUCAACCACGAGCGGACGAUGACAAAGCAAACGGAGAAACUGGCGAAGCCACUCUGGAGGAUAGGGUCCUGGUACCCCAGCUCAAACUGUACCUUGGUACCUUAAACGGAUUUCUUUCUCAAGGCGGCAUAGAGAAAGACGAGAUGAGCAACACAGUCCUCCAUCGCAAGAUUGGACGUGGCAUCACCGUGGCCGGACGCCUAACCAACAACACCGACUCGCUCCCUGGCAACCAUCAGGUCAACAAAAGCCCGCUCGCGAUCGAAAAGGAACCUUUGGAGAUCUGGUUUGGUGACGUCGUUGCAUGCGGCUUUACGGAGGAUACUAAGCGCAUCCAAGACCUUAAUCUCAUGGACUUCCGUCACCUGGUCGACAUCAUCGGUUACAUAUAUGACCACACGCGCCGCGAGUGCAACGAAAAGUUCAAUAGUCACAGGCGCAUUCAUCCCUGCGCAGCGGAAGAGAAGCUGGGCUGUCGCUUUCUCGGAAUUCUGCCCACCUCUGCCGCGCAAUUCGACGCAAAGAGCGAAGUUGCCACUCCCAUCAUGACUCGCAUUGGUAUCCCUCUUGUAUUCCGCAGACUCCCACCCGAGACGCGCGGGCGUGACAGGAAACUCGGUUUGCCACGUAAGCUAAUUGGCUGGAACCCUACCUUGAGGCCCUUCGAUCCUACGAUCCCGUUGUGUGACUGGCGUCAUGGUGUGGGCAAAGCACUUGUCGUGAGGAAGGAUGGAAAGCCGCUGUGUCAGACAUAUGUUGCGGCCUUUGUUGACUAUGUGCACAAGACGGUUUCAUAUUGCCACGAUAAUCGCGAGACUGCUAGGGGAGUGUUAGACAGCUACACUAAGGGGGAUUUUAUGGGCUGGUACGAUGGCUAG